CUUAGGGCUCCAGGACAGAGGCUUUUGCCUCCUGCCAGGGGCCGGACGCUGGCUCUGACCACUCCUGGUCAGAGUCAUGGCCAAGACUCUUAGUGACAGUCUGCUCUUCACCCUGGAGGAGCUGGUGCCCUACGACUUUGAGAAAUUCAAGUUCAAGCUGCAGAACACCAGCCUGGAGAAGGAGCACUCACGGAUUCCCCGAGGCCAGCUCCAGACAGCCAGGCCAGUGAAGCUGGCCUCCCUGCUGGUCACCCACUACGGGGAGGAGUAUGCGGUGCGGCUGACAUUGCAGGUCCUGCGGGGCAUCAACCAGCGCCUCUUGGCAGAGGAGCUUGACAGGGUGAUAAGCCAGGAGUAUCUGACGCAGGAUGGUGGUGGCACAGACAGUUCUGCAGUGUCUUGUUCCUCUGGGGAAAAUAAACAAAAAAGCCUGAAGAUAGUAGAUGGUCCCAGAGGUGAUGGAGCAGCCAGCCUGCUGUGCGGCCAGCUGGAGGCCGGGAAGGGGUCCCAGAAGAAGACCCAGAGCAAACGGAGAGAACAGAAGGUCUUGGAGGGCCUAGACGCCCAGGGCAAGCCAUGGCCAAAGAACGCAGCUCUGCUCUGUAGGAGAAGCCCAACCCUGGGCAAGCCGCAGGGGGAGAAGGAGAGCCUGGUGAGCGCCAGUCUCCGCAGGAACGCCAGCUCUGCCGGGAGGCUCCAGGGCUUGGCUAAUGGUUCCCUGGGAAGGAAAGAGGCCAGGAAAUUGGAAGUCGACCUACCUUCAGGAAAGAAGCGACCCAAAAGUCUUGAACUGACCAUUUCUCCGGGAGAGAAAGAACUGCCCGGGUCGAAAGCUCUUUUGACCCUGCAGGACACCAGAAGUGCCAGUCCAGAUCUCGUGGCCACCCCCAGGGAGCCGAGGGCUGGAGUUGCAGGGACUAUUGUGGCUCUGGAGAAAGGCUCCAAAAAUCUAGAACACUCCACAGGUCUGGAGAAUGGUGUGUUCCAGAACUCACCUUCCAGCAUUUCCUUGGCUGGAGAAGAGCAAUUCACAGCACAAGGGGAGGAAAGAGACCCCGGGGAACCAGGGGCCCCUGAGGCCUCCAAGCAGCUGGUGCGUGGUGUGCUGUGGGAGACUUCAGGGCAUGUUAGCUGCCUCGCUGCACUGGAGCCGGAGAGAGCAAGCGAGACACGGCCAGACUCUGAGAGCGCCCGAGUCCCAGGGAGGCCACCAGACGAGGCUGCAUGUUCCCUUUGCCAUGCCCAAGAAGGAGACCCGGCUGGUGGUACUUGCAUGCACAAUUCCUGCAGCUGCCCCAUCACUUCUGGAGACCCCGAGACCUCGGGCAGCCACUCAACCAUCUGCCUUCGGUGCCAGGCCUCACUCGCAAAAGGGAGCCCCAGAGACCUCAGUCCCCAGCCCCUGCCACAGUGUCAGCGCCACAUGAAGCAGGUGCAGCUGCUCUUCUGUGAGGAUGACAGGGAGCCCAUCUGCCUCAUCUGCAGGCUGAGCCAGGAGCACCGAGGGCACCAGGUGCGCCCCAUUGAGGAGGCUGCCCUGGAAUACAAGGAGCAAAUUCAGAAGCAGCUGGAGCAUCUGAAGGAGCUGAGAAAAUCUGGAGAGGAGCAGAGAGCCCAGGGGGAUAAGAACAUGGCGAACUUCCUGAGGCAAACGGAAACCCAGAAGCAGAGGAUCCGGUGCCAACUGGAGCAGCUGUGCCGGUUCCUGGAGCAGCAGGAGCAGCUCUUUGUGUCCUGGUUGGGGGAGCUGGGCCAGACCAUCAGCCAGGCCAGGGAGAAGUACGGCGCCCGAGUGUCCCGGGACAUCGCCCUUCUGGACAAGCUGAUUGGGGAGCUGGAGGCCAAGCAGGGCCAGCCGGAGUGGGAGCUUGUGCAGGACGUUGGAGUCACUUUGCACAGGGCCAAGAUGGUGACUGUCCCUGAGUCGUGGACCACCCCUCCAGAGGUAAAAGAGAAGAUCCACCUGCUCUACCAGAAAUCAGAGUUUUUGGAGAAGAGUAUGAAGAACUUCUCAGAAACGCUGCGUUCGGAAUUGGAAACGUUCAAUGUUCCGGAACUGAUUGGCGCUCAGGCACAUGCUGUUAAUGUGACGCUGGAUGCAGAAACCGCCCACCCCAACCUCAUCUUCUCUGAUGACCUGAAGAGCGUGAGACUUGGAAGCAAGUGGGACCGGCUGCCUGAUCGCCCCGAGAGAUUCAACAGCUGCAUCAUUGCCCUGGGCUCUCCAAGCUUCCUCUCCGGCCGCCAUUACUGGGAGGUGGAGGUUGGAGACAAGACCGCGUGGGUCCUGGGAGUCUGCAGGGCACCCACAAGCAGGAAGGGGAGCAUGACGCUGACACCAGAGAACGGCUACUGGGUGGUGAUGAUGACGAAGCGGAACGAGUACCAGGUGUCUACCUUUCCUCCAACCCGCCUGCGGAUGAGGGAGCCCCCCAGGCGCGUGGGCAUCUUCCUGGACUACAUGGCUGGAGGCAUUUCCUUCUACAAUGUAACGGCUCGAUCCCACAUUUACACGUUCACUGGCUUCUCUUUCUCUGGGCCCCUCCAACCUAUCUUCAGCCCCGGGACGCAUGAUGGAGGGAAGAACACGGGUUCCCUGAGCAUCUGUACAGUGGGCAGCCACGGGUCUCACUGAAUGCCCAGCACCGCGUCACUAUGCCAGCCACUGGCCUGGUAUCGUGCAUUCACCCAGUCGACAGUCAUUACGAGCACCUGCUGGUGCCAGCUGCCGUGCGGAUAUAGUGAGUAAGAUUCCCUGUGCCCAAGGAGCUUGCCGAAUGCUAGCAGAGGUGAGCUAGGCAGGCAAAUACUGGGAAAUCCAGGACGGCAACACGCACAUACUCGUGACGCGGUGGGCCUCAGAGGAGCAAGGACACAGCCGCACAGUAUGUGUCAGCAUUUUCUGACGUGCCAAGGCAGAUGCUGCCCUUGUCUCCCCUCAGAACCCAUGCAGAGAUGUGUCCCCUCAUUCUGUCCACCCUGAGGACAUGGGAAGUACAGAGAAAACACAAGCAGACUGGAUUGUUAUAGAAGUUUUUUUGUUUGAGAGACUUGUGCUAUGGGGUGCAUACACUUGCCAGAGAGACAGAAAGCAAGACAUCACCCACCCCGGGGGGAUGGCCAUGCUGCAAUCCCUUC